AUGAAUAAUCAAAACAUUUUUGAAAAUCUGGAUGACUCAUAUACUGAAUUAAUCAAAAACAGUUCGGAUGAAGAAUUUACUGAAAAAAAUAACACUGAUUUAAAUCAAGAUCCAUCUGCUGAGUAUAUAGAUAUUCCAACAGUGGUUGGUUAUAACUACCCAGUGGAAACCAUACAAGAGUUAAAUGAUUUAUUAAGUCAAUGGGGAUUAAAUUGUUUAUACGAAACAUGCUUAACUGAACUAGUGGACAUAGUUACUUUGUCAAAGAUAAAUUUAUCUGAAAUUUCUACGUUGACCAAAAAAUUUCCUAUGGGCAUUCAGAUAAAUUUUAGGCACAAUGUUGAAAUUUGGCAAAAAAGUUAUGCGCAACUAAAUGAAACAAAUAAGAACAUAAGGUCUCCCAUUCUUCCAUCUCCUUCAUGUUCGCCUGCGUUGGAAAUUUCAUCAUCGGUCAAUAACCAAAAUAUAGUCCAACCUCAAAGCAUACCUUCAAAAAUUGUAAAUUUUGAACUAUGUAACAUAUUGAACUCUACUCAAGGUGCUUUGAUAGUUGCUUAUUACAAAAGUCACAAUUGUUUGAAUGAUCAUAUAAGAACUUUAUUAGUUGAAAUAAUAAUCCAAGAAUUAAUAACAAAAAAAAUAUUAAUGUCCGUCGCAUUGGCAGAAAAUAUUGCAAACCAAAUUCAACAACUUUUUGCAUCUGAAUUGAAGGAAAAUUAUUUCAUAAAAGAUCAUUCAAGACAGCCAAGAGGAAAGUUAUACUGUAAAUAUUACAAUACUAUGAGAACACUAAAAACAAGCGGGUUAAUCUUAAAACAUUCAGAAAAAAAUGAAUUAAUUAAUAAAACUAAAAAUAGUAGUUUUAGUAGAUGGACUACUAAUAACUAUGAACCUGAAGGAGAUAUACAGUUAAUCUUAAACCAAAUUAAGCAUGAUAACUGUAGUCUUCCAGAACUUGAGCGGCAUUGGAGUUCAACUGUAAAUCACAGGUUAAAUGACAUUCAAAAGGCCACAACAACUCAGGAAAUAAUAAGAGAAUGGAAGAGCUAUAAAAUACCAAUGGGCUAUAAAUUAAUUGAUAUUGAUUUUAAUGUUCUUCACCCAACUUCUUUCAAUGUACUAGGCAAUUAUGAAGUAAAAUUAUUAAAAAUAUUUAAUGUUUUAACAACAAAAAUUAAAGAUAUGAACUCCCGUAAACUAUUAGAGAGUCUUAUUGAGAUGGAAAACCCAUGUGAAAAUGCUAAACAAGCGGUUACAUUUUAUUUACUCCAUUCGUUAUUUGUGCCAACUUCCAAAAAAGUAACUAUGGAUGAUAAAGGAAAGAAAAAUAUUGUCAAAUUUUCUAUUAAAGAUUCACAAAAUACUUUUUUGGUAUUUUGUAAUACUGUAACCCUGGCUGAAGAAUUCAUAGCAAACCGAUAUAGUCUGAAAUUGCCAAUUCAGCCCUUUAUUUUGGUUGUUGGUACUCCACUUCAACCGAAAGAGAUUAUUGUAUAUUUUGAUACAAUUAAAUAUAAAGUUUUCACUAUACUACGGGCAAUAGAUGUGUGCUUUAAGAUUAUACAUUUAUUUAAUUUAGAGUACCCAAUUGAAUCAUGUGCUGUAUGGCAAUUUAUACAAAAAUAUUUGUAUAAUAUUAAAACUAAAUUUGAUAAAUCACACCCCAAUUUAAAUCAAUUAAUUUUUGAUUUAGAAAAUAAUACACAUGCAGAAUAG